AUGAGGCCAACCGCGGCGCGUCUGCUGAACAUCCUGGUCCCAAUCAAGAGGCAAGUACGGACAGUAGACUAUGCGGUCAAGAUCCGAGUCAACCCUGACCAGAAGGGCAUCGACCUCAAUGUUAAGCAUUCCAUGAACCCUUUCGACGAGAUCGCGGUCGAAGAGGCCGUCAAGCUGCGCGAACGACUCAAGGACAAAGUCAAGUCUAUCAAGGUCGUGACCAUCGGGCCGCCCAAGUCGCUCGAGACGCUGCGCACCGCGCUCGCGAUGGGCGCGGACUCGGGCAUCCACGUUGAGCUCGCGGAGGGUGCACCGCCGCCGGAGCCGCUCGGUAUCGCGAAGGCGCUGCGCGCGGUUAUUGCGCACGAGCAGGACGGCGUCGACCUCGUCAUCAUGGGCAAGCAGGCGAUCGACGACGAUGCGGGCCAGACGGGCCAGAUGCUCGCGGGGCUGAUGGACUGGGCGCAGGCGACAUUCGCGAGCAAGGUAGAGGUGGACACGGAGAAGAAAGAGGCGAGCGUGACGAGGGAGAUAGACGGUGGUCUGGAGGAGCUGCGGUGCCGCUUGCCCUUGGUGGUUACGACGGAUCUCCGCGGACGCCGAUUAACUGCGAGCGUAGAACCACGCUAUGCCUCGUUGCCUAACAUUAUGAAGGCUAAGAAGAAGCAGAUCGUGAAGCUCUCCCCUGAGUAUCUUCAAGUCGAUCUCACGCCUCGCCUCGAGACAUUGAAGGUCACAGAGCCGGCGAAGAGACAAGGCGGAGCAAAGGUCGCGAGUGUGGACGAGUUGAUUGCGAAACUCAAGGAAGCCGGUAUCAAGCCUGUGGCGUCAUGA